AUGGCGGAUAAAUCAGAAAGAGACCGAGAUGGACAAGAUUAUCUACCCAGAUCACAAUAUCGUGUCAAAGAAGAACCAAUGGAAAUGGAUUUUCCGGAAGAGGAAGAAGAACCACCAGCAUUUGGUCCCGCAGCACUUGGCCUUCACAGAGUUGGUACUAAGUUACCGCCAAAACCUGCACCAAGUGAACCUGUUCAGAAACUUAAUGCGCGAGGUAUGCCAGCUCGAAUUAGGAAGAAAAACAGAUUUAUAUUUGUUGACGAUUUUGUCAAUACUUCACCUCCACGUCAAUCACCGAAGCGAAAUGCUAAGAUUAUAGUUAAAACUCCUAACAAGCAGUCAAGUGCUAAGAAACAAAAAUCUCCUUUGAAAGUUCAGAGAACGAAUGAAAAAUAUGAUGAGAAAUCUGAACCUAUUGGUGCUCAAUCACCAGAUAUUAAAUCUGGUCAUAGGAUAGGCAUGAGAUUAAGAAAUUUAUUGAAGUUACCAAAAGCUCAUAAAUGGGUAUGUUUUGAAUAUUUCUAUAGUAAUAUAGAUAAAGUGCUUUUUGAUGGAGAGAAUGAUUUUAUAAUUUGUUUGAGAGAAUCAUUUCCUCAACUUAGUAAUCGCAAGCUGACACAAGUGCAAUGGUCUAAAAUUAGAAGAAUGAUGGGUAAACCUAGAAGAUGUUCUCAAGCAUUCUUUGACGAAGAGAGAAGGGAACUUGAGAGAAAGCGCAAAUUAAUCAGAUUUAUACAGCAAAGAAAAGCUGCUGAUAUUAGCGUCAAAGAUCUGCCAAAUGAAAUACCCAUGCAAUUAGUAGUAGGUACCAAAGUGACAGCUCGCUUACGUAAACCUCAAGAUGGCUUGUUCACAGGGUGUAUUGAUGCUGUCGAUACAUCUAAUAAUACUUACAGAAUAACAUUCGAGCGCCCUAAAUUGGGCACACAUUCAGUUCCAGAUUAUGAAGUUUUGUCAAAUGAGCCUCCAGAUACUAUAAGUCUGUCUAGUAUUACCAAAAAGUUCAGACCCAAGUAUGUCCUUCAAGAUAUAUUUAGCCUAUAUGAGCCUACAAACAAUAAUGCUUCAGGUGACCCUCUAAUUGGUUGUUCAGAUAUUGCUAAACAUAUGGAUGCUAUUGGCAGUUAUCCAUUUGCAUUGUUAGAAAUUAUUGUUAAGUUAAGACGAAUAUUAAAUGCUAAAAGGGAUAAAAUUAACUUGCUAAAAGAAUAUAAUUGUGAUGCAGAGAAAAGGAAAUCAUUUGGUCAAAAGAUGCCAGAGGACUUCGAGAGAAAAUAUGCCGCUGUUGUAAUUGAUUUAGAAAGAAUGAACAUUGAUUUGCAGGAUUAUAUAAAUGAAGUGCAACAGUUCUGUCAGCAGAUUGCACCAGAACCAAGUUUAGCAGCCAUGUUGGUGCCGUCACAUUUAAGAGAAAUAUGCCGUGAAAAAGCAUCUUUAUUAGUGGAGAAAAAUAAUGGGCCUGUAAAAGAUCCACAUUUAAUUGAUUUAAUAACAGAUCUUGUUGCACUUAUGUUACAGGUUAAAAGCUUAUCUGAUUCAGAUCAAAAUGCCUAUGAGUUAACUGUUUUGCAAGGCACGAUGGAACAAAUAAAAAUGAAAUUAGAACCACAACAUCAGAAGCUAUUUCAAAAUAACAUAGAAAUACAUAUGCAUAGAAUUCAAAUGGGUUUAGGUCAAAUGACACCUAGUAGCUAUGUAGCUGGUACAUAG